UGCCAGGCGCCGCCACCAAAGACGCAUCACUCUCUUUCCUCUGCAACUUUAUCUCAAAAUAUCUUAUUUGACACGAACGUCAACUGACGCGCGAUCUUUAUCUCAUUCUAUUAAAAAAAUCUAAUUCACUUCACAUAAACGAUCCUCAACAAAUUGUUUCAGUGACGAUGGUGAUCAGUGAUUGACGAUGAUGUCUUGUGACAUAAAUUAUUUCGAAAAUUCGAAAGAUGUUUAUUACAAUAACCUUGCUACACCUUUUAUCAAGUGACUUCUACCAAUAAUGACGGUAUGAACGCAGCCGCCCCUCUAUUUCUCUUCUUCACCGGUGUAUUAGCCUCCAAUAAUACAUUUGUCCUCCACCAAAAUCAUGAGCAGUGUACAACAAAAACAUUAUCUGAGCCACGUGCCCCCAUUACACUGGACGUUGAGGUUUCUCUCGUGGUAAACAACAUAAUAGGUCAAAUGGAAACAGGAAACUACUCUUUUAUAUCACAAAGCGUUCUCUCCACCUACUCAGAUGUCAUCGGUUUGAUUCUCAGUUCCUCUUCAAACAAAUAUCCAAUUUUGGUGCUCAAUAUUCGUGGAAGGAUGAAAAUGUUUCCGAAUAGAACGUCGGAAACGAGUACAUUUUGGAAAUCUUACGAUACGGCGUUAUCGAACGGUUGGACUCCGCCGUUUAGAGACUGUAAUUUUUUAUAUCGAAUGUGGUUGCAUGCGUACGUGAUGAAAACUAACGAGAUUGGGAUUGCUAUCUUCAUCCCGAUGAAGAUUAAUCAGUGUGAUGACCAAGUUGGAGGAUAUUUGGGGUGGACACAUCAGUGUGACAGACAAACGACUAUAUGUGAGCCCCAGUUCGAAUACGGAGAGAGGAGGGGUGGCUAUAGAUGUAUUUGCCGAAAGGGAUAUUACUUUCCCGGGGCCAACUUUAGCUGGAAAGGUUUUUCAGGCGAGGAUAUUGAAAGUCGCCUUAUUGCCUCAUACAGUUGCAAAAUGUGUUCGAAAGAAUGUGAUUCUUGCGAAUCAGGUGGAGUUUGCGAAGCCAAACGCAAUAUCCACUUAAGGACGGUUAUUUUGAGCAUCCAAUUGGCAUUCAUGGGUCUUACAAUCAUUGUGGCUUUGGUAGUUUUUCGCCAAAGAAAAUGCAAGACAAUAGCGUCCGGGAUGUGGACGGUCUUGGAAACUGCUCUUCUCGGCAUUUUCCUGCUAUACUCAACAGUGGUGGUACACUUUUUUGAUCCAUCCAUCGUUGAAUGUAUAGCGGAGCCAUGGACGAGAGAAUUGGGUUUUAUCGUUUGUUAUGGAGCGAUUGUUUUGAAGAUGUAUAGACAUUUAAUUGAGUUUAGGACAAGAAAAGCUCAUCGAUGGGUAAUCAAGGAUACGGAUUUACUCAAGUAUCUUUUUAUUAUGGUGCUUUCGGUGCUUGCUUACAUGUCUGCGUUUACUUCGAUAAGUUUAAAUUUUGUUCAAGAGAGUUACGAUCUUUUGCACGUGCAAACCACAACCCACGGUGCGAGUUAUUAUGCUUGUAAACCUUUAUGGUGGGAUUACGUUACCGAAAUUGGGGAAUUGGCUAUUUUAUUAUUUGGUGUUCAUCUAAGCAUAGCCAGUAGAAACGCAAAAACACCAUUUAACGAACGAACUUAUCUUUGUUUAGCGAUAAUCAUCGAAUUAAUCGGAAGCCUACUUUUCUAUGUUUUUCGUAUAACAAUAAUGCCAAAUCUUCACCCAGACACAAUUCUCAUAGUUUAUUUUAUUCGGAGUCAUUUAACUACAAGCGUAACACUUGUAUUGGUAUUUGCCCCAAAGUUUUGGUACCAACAAAAGCAAGCGAGGUCUUUGGCUCAAGAGUACUCCUGCAGGAUUCCAGUAGAUGCUUUUAAGGACGUAAACGCUCACGGUCCGCUGGCUACCAACAAUAGUGACGUGGACGUUGGUGAGGUUACUUUGGCAGACAUGAGCCCGGAUGACAUCAGAGCAGAACUCAAAAGGUUAUACAUGCAACUCGAGAUCUUUAAGAAUAAAACGAUAUGUCGUGACAACCCGCAUAUAUCUAAAAGAAGAGGUGGAAAGAAAGCUCAACAUCGAAGAUUCAGCUUACAGAAGAAAGGAAGUAGAGAGAAGAAUCUUUAUGGAAAACACCGUUCGAAACACGUUGAGCAAGAAUUAACCGAGGCGGAACCUUCAAGAACUCCGGAAGAUUCUGUGUGCAGCACUGAAGGUCCAAGCGGGAUUUACAAUGAUUUACCGUCUACACACACGGUAGAUCAUCGACAAUGACAAAUGAGGUGGUAAAACCAGCGUACCCGUACUUAACGUGGUUUGUUCUUCAGCAUAGAGGGAAAACCCCUCCGGGUUCAUUUUUAGUUUAACUAUGUAUAUCUCUCUCUUUCUUUCGCGUGCGCUCGCCGGGACGUGACAAUGUAUUAUACACUUCUGAGGAGCCAGCAAUUUCCUGACGUGAUAAAGUCAACUUGUUCUUGGCGUAACAUUGUAAUUUCCCUUUGCGUUCUCGUCUGAUGCCACUCUCGUAAGAGCCGAGGAUCGUAACAAACAAAAAAGCAGUGUUUGAAAGAGAGACGAGAAGUUCAUGGCGAGGAUUCAUUAUAUCUCUAACUAAGCACCAUCAGGUUAAAAAAUAAAACGAGAGCUCAUUGCAAAGUUUUUAGUUUUUAAAAUGGUACUUAAUAUGAUACUUACCUAACUGAUAUGAGGAAUUGGAAAUAAAUUGGUUUCUUGUGCCAAAUACAUAUCAACCUUUAGAAUCCUUUAGAAAAAGAAAAUAAUAAUACUCUCACCACUUAACACGCACAAUUACUGUUAAACGUAGAUUGUAAGAUGGUUAGAGAUAUAUUGAAGCGGUAGUCUUAGUUGUAAAUAGUCUUAGAUAAUUAAAAACAAAUAAAAAUCCAACACCAACCCAAAAAGUUGAAAGUUAAAAAUUGACAAAACAAUCCCCGAAAAAAAAAAUACGUCCAAAACGUUUGUUAAUGUUAGAUUUUGGAAAUCAAAUCGUGAGCAAAAUGUAAAUAAGCCAAAAAGUUAUUAUUAUCGAUAGCGUAGACUGUUACCUUUAAAAAAAUAAUAAAUAUUUUAUACAAUGUAAAAUAGUGUAUGAUACAGCUUGACCUUUACACCAAUUAUUAUUUUUUUUUAUUUAUUUUAAUUUAUUUUAACGUAGUUCGUGGGACCAAAGAAUUUUUAGUCCAUCGACUUCUAGAAUAAUAUCAGCUUAACAAUGCCAAUUUUGAAAGAUACAUCCAAAACUUUAAAGUUUCCGGAAUUAAGUAUUAUAACUUUUUUAAUAUAUUCUUUAUUAAUUGGCAUUGUUACAUUGACUACACUCUAGUUACAUUUAGUAUCUUUCCGAUGACGAUCUGUGCUUUGUAGUAAAAAGCAAAUUAUUAAAAGAAAUAUCUAGAUAAUAACCUUAAGGUUAAAUAAAACAGUGUACUUGUAGUGACCCAGUUUACCAAAACAAUCGAUCUUUAACCGAAGAUGUACAGAUUGUUUAUGUACAUAACUUAGGCUCUUAGACUGUUUCAUUUCUCUAUGACUGUAUAUUUGUUUUUAAAUAAACUGAUUGUUUAAAUUAAAA